ACCGGCUAGCUAGCACGCCUAUCUGGCUGGCGGUUAGUCGGCUGCAAGUUGCGCGGCGCAAAGUGCAAGCAUGGGCCUGCCGGACAUUGAGACGAUACCCGAGACCGGGGCGGUGUUCACGAUCGGUCGUAGCAGAUUCGCGGACAAUGUUGCGUCGCACUUCUUCAUACGCAAGGACCCCGUCGUCGCUAUUGUUUGCGGGGACGAGCAUUCGGCCGUGAUUUGUCAAACUGGCAGACUUUUUGUUUUCGGCAGUAACGACUGGGGUCAGCUGGGACUGGGUCAUAAAAACCACAUCAGUAAACCUUCGUGCGUGAAAAUCUUGAAACCGGAGAAAGUCACACACGUGGCAUGUGGGAGAGCGCAUACUUUGAUAUGUACAGGAGCCCAGAAGAUCUUUGCGUGCGGCAGCAACCAAGAAGGUCAACUGGGUCGGGAAAGCUCCGCGAUAGGCGACAGCUCCAGUUCUCCGAUUUUGAUUUACGACUGCGGUCUCGCCGGGUCCAGGAUCCUUCAAGUCGCGGCUGGAUCGCAUCAUUCGAUGGCUCUCACCAGCGAUGGGGGUGUUAUCGCUUGGGGAAGCAAUCUGGAAGGGCAAUUAGGAUUGCCCGGGAUCUCGGGACUGGUUAACAAGCCGACAAAGGUCCCCAUUCCAGAACCGGUGAAGGAAAUCAGUGCGGGAUACUAUCAUUCGGCUCUUUUAACCGAAAGCGGUCUCGUUUAUGUCUGCGGCGAAUCGGAGAGCGGUAAACUCGGGAUCGAUGUCAACUUUUCUACGCAAGUUGCACCGAAGCAAAUGCAGCUGCCAGCGCCGGCUCUGCAUGUUGCAUGCGGCGGUCAUCACACACUCGUGUUAGCAGAGAACGGCAACAUUUACUGCUCCGGUAGCAACGCCAGCGGUCAACUUGGCAUGGGCACGAACGUCAGUGAGGUGCACACGCCGAAACUUCUUCCACGCGGGGCUCUUCAGAGCGAAAUCAUCGUCAAGAUCUCCUGCGGCGAAAGUCACAGCGCUAUACUCACUGAGUCGGGUAAACUCUUCACCUGCGGAGACGGGCGACAUGGAAAAUUGGGUCUGGAGGAAAACGAGAAUAACGUUCACGAAGUAACAUUCGCUGCCAAAUACCAGGAGCUGUUCGUCUCGAAUGUCUCGUGCGGGGGAUGCCAUACGAUAUUGGUUGGUCGGAGACACGAGAUGGAUUAUCAAUCGCAACGGCAGUCGGCAGCCACCCAAAUGGAGCAAUCCGCACAGAAAAUAAGCUCUCUACCUCCCUUAAAACUUCCUGUAAAUAUGCAAAGUGAAGAGCGGUUGGAUAACACGGAAAACAAGUCGACGAGCGAAAAUGGCGACAACGACAAGGAUAAAAUUCACGAAAACACGGAAAAUAAUGCCACCAAUACAACAAAUUUUCCAGAGAACGCGACAACGAAUGACUCAAAUUUGGUCAAUGGUUCAAGAGACGACAAUAAUGUGAAUCAUAAAGACCUAACCUCGGAGACUACGGUUCCGUCCGAGAACCUAAACAAAACAGAAGAGCCGCAGCCAGUCGGCGAUGAAAAUCACGCGGAAGAUGAAGGAAAUGAGCAGGAUGACGAGAAUAAUAAAAGUAAAGAAAACAGCAAAGAAAAUAAUAAAGCAGAUAGCCCUGAGGAUGACGAGAAUACGGAAAAUCAAACGACGCAAGAAGCUGAAGAACAGCAUAUAGAAGCAGCAGUAACAACGACAACAGAAGAAACCGAACAGGAAACGUCAACGAAUACCACACCACCGCCGAAACCACCGCGGUUAAAAUCUGCAAAUGCCGAAGAUACCGGCAACGGAAAGGAAUCUUCAAAAGAAAGCGACGGGGUCGGAGAGCUUGAGAAAGAGAAGAACGGAGAAGAGACGAAGGCGAGGAACGAGCGAAAUGAGAGCGCAAAGUCGUCUGAUGAAAAACUCAAAUCGGCAGUUUCGAAAAUCGGCGUUGAAAAUAUCGUAGGCGCUGUAGAAAAUUCAAUAGACAAAGCGCAGGAGGACGGGCACGUUGAAGAGCCAGAGAAAACAGAAGUGGAUGGCGUGCAGGACGAUGCUGAUGUGGUGCAAUCGCCGGCACCGCGAACAGGUAAGAUGGCAAAGUUGUUCAAAACAAAACGGCAACAAGAGAUUCAAAACGGAACCAAGAAGACGGGCAAUGUAACGAAUUCAAAAGCUAAGUCGAAAACGUGUAUCAUCCUAUGACUGAAGAGACUUCAAAGAGACCGAGGCACCUGGAUUCAUUAUAUUUUUUAUAAAAUAAUACUUAUGAUAAAUUCAUCGCUGGGACCAAUACACGUGGAACCGGAAAUCUCCUUCUCCAACGACACGAAGAGCUCACAUUUAUCACCAUAUGUGUGUGUGUGUGUGUGUGUGUG